GCUAGGAUAGACUGGGACGACGCAGCACUUCGAGCGGUAUUUAAAGAUGGUCUAAAGGAAAAUGUUAAGAACGGGCUUAUACACUAUAAGAAGCCGGAAACUCUACACGCAUUGAUAGAGUUAGCUACGAGGAUCGACCACAGGCUAUGGGAAAGAUAG